AUGUUGAGCUCGCUCGAGAAACAGAAGAGGUUCCUUUCUUUCCCAAAGUUUGCAGUGGUCGGGGCGUCCACUGACCAAUCCAAAUGGGGGACAAAGAUUCUGCGAUGGUAUGUCAUACGCAACAGGCCAGUUACGCCAGUGCAUCCAAAAGUCGAUGAAUUGGAGGGCAUCAAGACAGUCCGGAGUAUUGUAGACUUACCAUCACCUACCGAGACGGCUCUCAGUAUCAUUACACCACCCAAGCUAAGGAAGCUAUCGAUCCCUGCCAUCUGGAUCCAACCCGGCGCUUCUGACGCUGCGUGUGCCGACUUUAUUAAUGAGAACGGGUUGAAUCGAUCAGAUGGGGACGGUGUGGUUCAAGCCAUGCUUUGA